UCGUCCGCUGCUCGGCUGACGUAAACUUGCAUUUGGGUAGGUGAGGAGACACCGGCAGCAGCUGUCGCUUCCAGGCUUGGGUUCAGACAUUUCCACGAAGAUAUAAGUCAAAAAGAACGAUAAUUUGAUUUUGCUCAUCUCUGGAAAAGAACCGCGAUUGACAUGGCUACGGAGGUAACGAAAGGUGUGGAGCAAAUUUCUGUUGGUGAGGUAUAUGUCUCAGACAAAUGUGGCAGUGACAGUGACGGCGAUGGAACGGAACAAAAACCCUUCAAGACUCCUCUUAAAGCUCUCCUGUUUGUUGGUAAAGAACCGUUUCCCACCAUUUACGUUGACUCCCAAAAGGAGGAUGAGCGUUGGGCAGUGAUCUCUAAGACACAGAUGAAAAAUGCAAAAAAGGCCUUCAACCGCGAGCAGAUGAAAAGUGGUGCCAAAGAAAAGAAGGAGGCAGAGGACAAUGAGAGGAGAGAGAAGAACCUGGAAGAAGCAAAGAACAUCAUCAUAGAGAAAGACCCAAGUCUACCAGAGCCUGAAACAGUUAAAAUCCAUCAACUGGAGUCUAAGAGAGGUCAAAGGGUCAAAGUGUUUGGAUGGGUGCACCGUCUCAGGAGGCAGGGGAAAAACCUGAUGUUUAUCGUGCUGAGAGAUGGGACCGGUUUCCUCCAGAGUGUUCUGUCUGAUAAACUGGUGAGAACUGUCCAAAGAACUGUCUUUUUGUUUGAUAAAGUGUUCAUGUUUAUACACAGUGUCCUCUUGAUCUUGUCCACAGAGAGCACAGUGGCUCUGUAUGGCACUGUGACUCCAGUCCUUGAGGGGAAACAGGCCCCCGGUGGCCAUGAGCUGCAUUGUGACUACUGGGAGUUGAUCGGCUUGGCUCCGGCGGGCGGUGCAGACAAUCUGCUGAACGAAGAAUCCGAUGUGGACGUCCAGCUGAACAACCGACACAUGAUGAUCAGAGGAGAGAACGUCUCCAAGAUUCUGCGAGUGCGAUCCACUGUCACACAGUGCUUCAGGGACCACUUUUUCAACCACGGAUACUACGAGAUCACUCCUCCCACCCUGGUGCAGACUCAGGUGGAGGGUGGGUCCACCCUCUUCAAUCUCAACUACUUUGGCGAGCAGGCAUACCUGACCCAGUCUUCUCAGCUCUACCUGGAGACCUGCAUACCUGCCCUGGGAGACACCUUCUGCAUUGCACAGUCCUACCGGGCGGAGCAGUCUCGCACCCGCAGACACCUGUCAGAAUACACUCACAUCGAGGCCGAGUGUCCCUUCAUCACAUUUGAGGAUCUGCUGAACAGACUGGAGGACCUGGUGUGUGACGUCGUCGACCGUGUGCUCAAAUCUCCUGCCGCUCAGCUGCUCUACGACAUCAACCCGGACUUUAAACCACCAAAGAGGCCAUUUAGGAGGAUGAACUACAGCGAGGCCAUCGUGUGGCUCAAAGAACAUGACAUCAAGAAGGACGACGGCACUUACUAUGAGUUUGGAGAGGACAUUCCCGAGGCUCCGGAGAGGCUGAUGACCGACACCAUCAAUGAGACCAUCCUUCUCUGUCGAUUCCCUGCCGAGAUCAAAUCCUUCUACAUGCAGCGCUGCCCUGAGGACAGACGCCUCACCGAGUCGGUGGAUGUGCUGAUGCCGAACGUGGGUGAGAUCGUUGGAGGUUCGAUGCGUAUCUGGGACUCAGAGGAGCUGCUGGAGGGAUACAAGAGGGAGGAAAUCGACCCCACGCCCUACUACUGGUACACUGACCAGAGAAAGUACGGCACGUGUCCUCACGGUGGUUAUGGUCUGGGUCUGGAGCGUUUCCUCACCUGGCUGCUAAACAGACAUCACAUCAGAGACGUCUGUCUUUACCCACGGUUCAUCCAGCGCUGCCGACCAUGAACAAACACACACACACACACACAUCUAUCUGCAUUUACAGUUAGAGCAUGUGGGUCAGAACUCACAACAUAAAAAACAAAAUAAAUCUUUCUUUUUUUUUCACUGCUACAGAUAAUGCUUGAUGGUUGACUGUCGUCACUUAAAACAUUACUCUUAAAAGUUUUAAAUUGUCUUUAACUGGACAACGUAGUAAAUGUCUCACACGUGUAUCCAGCUCUGCUAAAUACUGUCUUGGAUCAAUAUACUCUUUUACUGACAUCUGUCCACUGAGGGUGUGUUAAAAAAAAAUCUGCAUCAGUUUGAUCAACAACUCACGACUUGAGUCAAAUCAUGUUAAAAAAUGAAAUAAAAACCUUAAACAAAAAAAAAGAACUGUGAAACUGAACAAAAUUCCAGAAGCGUGAGCAGAAAAUAAACUCGCUCUGCUGCUACGUUCUCCUGCUGCUUAUUUUUUACCUCCUUCCAUCCACUUGGAGGCUUUAUUUUUAUUUUUUUUUUAUUAAAAAAAUAAAAAUCACAGCCAAGCUUUUGUGCACUUUCCACGUGAUCACUGACGUGUCGUAGAUGGUUGUAGAAAGUGACUCGGGGUGUCAUGUCUGUCUGUUCUGCCUUUUCAUGCAAAAUAUGGCCUCUCAAUAAAUGGAUCAUGAGUAAAA